AUGCCCGGUACCAGCAAGCUCUUCCAUGGCCUUAACUUCGUAAUUGUCAGCAAUGGGAACACCGAUUUUUCUGUGGACGCGAUUCUUGCACGUUUGAAGGCUAAUGGUGCUAAUGAAUGUGUUGUAUACCACGACGAACCAGAGGCGAUUGAGCUUCGAGAUACCCACUUAGCAAAACAGGAAAUGUGUCGUCGUUUUAGCCACGACGUACAUGCGAUUAUUGCAAAUACGUCAGAUUUCUGGUUUUAUCGCGUUGCUGCCUUUGACUUUCUCAUCCCAGUCGUAAAUCCUGAUUGGGUCGAAGUGUGUGUUUCGACCAAACGUAUCACUCGAGCCAGUGCAUUCUCGACAGAUCCAGCUCAUGUGCUCAAAAACUGUCAAAUAUACAUCUCGCGUCACUCGUUUAAUUCCAGUGAGUACGACUUCUACUCUGCACUAAUACAGGCUCUAGGUGGACUAUGCAUCGAUUACUUGUCUAGCAGAGCUAGUCAUAUUGUCACAAAAGAUGCCCAGGACCCUGCCAUUACAGCUGUUGCUAACAUCAAGGGGCUGAGUAUUAAAUACGUCCUGCCGACGUGGGCUGUCCAGACAUUUAUCACUGGUCAAUAUGUCGAUGAAGCUGCUCAUGUUUUGAAUCCUCAAAGCCACCCCGAAGAUGUCCAAAAACAAGCGACAAAAGUGUGGAAAAACAUGGAGGUCAUGAAAGUCGAGUCACCGGCUAUGUUUUUGCAAAAUCACAAGUUUUUCCUGUCGCUAGAUUUGAUUCUGCCAUCCCAAUGUUACGGUUUCUUUAUCGACCUUAUACAAUCCGCGGGUGGUGAUGUCAUUCGCCACAUACAACACACAGAUAUACGACGGGACUCUGGAAACUGCUUUGUGGGCCAGUCAGGCGACUCUGAAGAGUGCCUUCAGGCUAGUGAAGAGAGAUUACACAUCGGCAACAUUUCCUGGGUAUUUCAAAUGUGGUCUAUGCGAAGCUUUAUCAUUCCAAGUGAGAAGCUGCUGUUAUCUCCAUUGCGACCCCCAGUCUUCAAGAAAAAUGAGCUUAUCGUCGGUUAUACCACAUAUUUGGGCCAACAACGGCAGUACAUUCAGAAAAUAGUUAACGCGUUGGGUGGAGUCAGCACUACAGAGUUUACUCGGAAAAAUACACAUCUUUUAACCUGCUUUCCAUUUGGUCAGAAGUACGAAGCUGCUGUUAGAUGGAAAGAUUCAUGCAAAAUCGUAAAUCACUUGUGGCUCGAGGACUGCUACAAACUUCAAGCGUCACUGCCGAGCGAUAAGAAAACAUACACCGAGAUUCCAAUUUGCGGCGGACUUGCAACGAGGCUAGGCCAAAUGCCUUUGGUGACUCCAAAUAAUAAUACACUAGAUGAAGAUUUCACUGACACCAUCGUACCCCAAAACUCAGUAGAUGCAACUUCUUCCAAGAAGCAAUUGACACCGGUAGGUUAUGAAGAUGAGGCCUUCGACUUAGACUUACCAGUUCAACAGGAAGUUGAUGAAUUUUCCAGUGUUGGCAACAAAAGCCCGAGUAUGAAUAAACUUGAUGGCCAAUUAAAUGAUGACCUGCUCAUGAGUGACACUUUUAUUACCAAUGGCGCCAUGCCACCUUCCUCACAAAUUGGAAAUGUUCUAGGGAUAAAACAGGCGGCUGCGGAAUCUGAUAGCAGUCCUGCUGGUCAAUUGACUCAAAGUUACAAGGACGCACUACAGGACCGUGACAGACUCGUGGAGCAAUCAAAAUCACACACACCAGAAAUAGAUUUGCCAAUAGAAACCAUAAGCACGCCACUUGCUGGUCACUACCAAGUUUUGCCCGGAUCUGAAAAAGCUACACAAUUGCAACAACACACAAUUUCAUCACCCGUUUCUGAAGUUCACUCACAGUUAAUGUCGAGUGGAAAUUCUCGCCGAGCAAAGGAAAAGGCCGCCAAGAAACUUCACACAGAUAUGGAAGCGCUCAAUGAAUUUCAGCAGAACUUGAAGAGGAAAAGGAAUGGGUCGCUGUUACCAGAAGAAUUACAGAAGUUAAAACAGUUAAAGAAGCUGGAAGACAAGGUAAGAGGACUUCUUGAUAACAUGAAUGCCUCCGAGAAACCUCGAGGAAAGAACAAACGACCAUACGAUAUCGUAGCUGUCUGCACGGGCUGUCAUGAAGCAAUUGACGAAUGGGAUCUUGAGCUUCUGAAAAUGCUUGGUGUUACGAUCUUAAAUACUAUCACUCCUCAGUGCAACGCCAUCAUUGCGCCAAAAAAGCUAAGGACUGCCAAAUUUCUCACAAGCCUAAGUUUCCAUCCAUUGAAAUAUGCUCUUCUUCCAGACUUUCUCACUUCCGUACUCGCUCUGAUGCAAGAUGACACUCCUGGGAAGAACCUUCCUGAUGUCGAUGAGUAUUUGAUUCCUGAUCUUGACAUGACGGUUCUGGAAAAGACACACUUGCAGUCGAAAGUUUUCCAAAGGGCGGGCAUUGUUUCAAUAAAUAUUACCGACGAUGUGCCUGGAGGACAAGAAGUUCUCUCCUCAAUCCUGAAGGCCCAUGGUGUUCAGCACAUACAGGUUUUACCCAAGAAAUUCACGGAAAACGACAUUAGCAUUAACAGCAACAAGAAGAAGAGCCCGACCCAUGUACUAGUCGCACAGAAGGCAACUCAGGCCAAGAGGUUCGGCAAGCUCUGCAGCCAAGGGCAGGGUGAAGAUAACGUCCUGGUAGUCGAAUGGAACUGGUGUGUAAACAGCAUCUUCAGACUAGAUGUCGAUUUCAAUGCUUCUGAAUUUGUCGUCUACCGAAGCUGA